CCGCCCUGUUGUCGUCUGCAUUUUUCAGUUCAGCUUCGAUCAUGACGGACGAAACAACGCCACUCACCAGCGCCCUUGCUGGUGGCUCUGGAUAUGUGGCGCUGCCUCCUUACCAAGGACCCGAGCACGUCUUUCCAGGCGGCGUCUCACCGCGUUCGCGUCGCAGCAGAAUGAAACAGUUUCAGUGUUGCAUUGGCAUCACGUUCAUAGUCAUUGUGUUUGUUGCCUUGGGUCUGGCUUUGGUGUUUGACGAUUCGCUCAGCAAAGGGGAUGGCAGUCCCAGCUUUUUCCUUGUCAUAAACGGCACAGACUUGGCGCUAGAUCCGACGACACCCAUUCCAGAUGAGCCAGCAGCGGAGUGGGCCCUGCAACAGGCGGCUGUGAAUCAUCAGGAGGGCGCCCGUUCAGUUAGUGUCGGCAUCAAGGCGCUGGGGGAUCGGGAGAUACUGGAGGAGGGCCUGCAGCCGAAUGAGGUGAACACGCCAGCCUUUCGGCACUAUCGCUCGCUGAGCACCAAUCCAGAGGCUAGGAAACUGGCGCGGCGUGGCUACGUGGAGAACCAGGCGACCAUGGACAUUGCACGCAGAUUUAACUACACAAAGGAGCCGGGAAGGAGUAACAUUGGCUGGGGGCCGCAGAUCGUGCUGCCGGAUCCCACGGUGCUCCGGCUGGACUGUGACUUCAAUGCCCGGUACAGGCGAUCCACUGGCGUCUGCAACAGCAAAGAGCAUCCGCGCACAUUCGGCGCCUCGAUGGUGCCCUACCGCCGCAUGGUGGCACCGGACUACUCCGAUGGCAUUGCAGCACCCAGGACGAGCCAUGCGGGUCGCCUGCCGCCCGCACGCCUGGUCUCCCUGAAGAUUCAUCGCUCCAGCUACGAGACGGACUCGAACUUCACCGUCAUGCUGGCGGUCUUUGGGCAGUUCAUGGACCACGACAUCACCGCCACAUCGCUGACCACCUCCGAGGAGGGUGAGUCCAUCAAUUGUUGUGUGGCAGCCACACGCGAGCAGCAUCCCGGGUGCUUUCCCGUGAAGAUACUCCCCGAUGAUCCCUACUACAAGCGCUACAACGUCACCUGCAUGAACUUUGUUCGCUCGGCGCCAGCGCCCAUGGGCAGAUUCGGUCCGCGAAUGCAGCUGAAUCAGGCCACCGCCUUCAUUGAUGCCUCUGUGGUGUAUGGCAACCUGGAGCAGCGGCAGAACCAGCUGAGGAGCUUCAUCAACGGCACUCUCCGCAUGUUCCUCACCGACGACGGGCGGGAGCUGCUGCCGAUCUCGGCCAAUCCGGCGGAUGGCUGCAACCGCGUGCAGAUGACGCGACUGGGCAAGUAUUGCUUCGAGUCUGGCGAUGACAGGGCCAACGAGAAUCUGCUGCUCACCUCCAUGCACCUGCUGUGGGCCCGGCAUCACAACAAUCUGGCCCGCAGCCUCCACGAGGUGAAUCCGCACUGGGACGAUGAGCGCAUCUACCAGGAGUCCCGCAAGAUUGUCGGCGCUCAGAUGGCGCACAUCACCUACAACGAGUUCCUGCCGGUUCUGCUGGGCAGAAAUCUAACUCGAGCCAAGGGCCUGCUGCCGUCCAGCCACAAUCUCGAGGAGCCCGACAGCUACGACCCGCAGGUGGAUCCCAGCAUUGCCAAUUGCUUUGCGGCGGCCGCCUUCCGCUUUGCCCACACCCUGCUGCCGGGUCUGUUCAAUGUGUCGCGGGACAACAGCACACCCGAGGCCAUGGAGCUGCACAAGAUGCUCUUCAAUCCCUUCUCGCUGUGGAACGAGCACGGCAUAGACCACGCCCUGUACACGGCUGCCAAUACGCCAGUGAUGCGCGUGGAUCGCUUCUUCUCGCUGGAGGUCACCCAGAAACUGUUUGAGGGCAACCCCGAUGAUCCGGUGCCGCUCUGCGGCCUGGACUUGGUCUCGCUGAACAUUCAGCGUGGUCGCGAUCAUGGCAUACCCGCCUAUCCGGUCUUCCGUCGUCACUGCCGCCUGCCGCCGGUGGACACAUGGGAGCAGAUGGCCCAGGCCGUUGACAACUCCACUUUGGCGUCCAUCAAGCAGAUUUAUGAAUCGCCGCAGGAUGUGGAUGUCUAUACGGGCGCCGUCAGCGAGCCGCCACUCGAAGGCGCUAUCUUUGGUCCGCUGCUGAGCUGCAUGGUCUCCGAUCAGUUCCUGCGCCUCAAGCUGGGUGACUCCCAUUGGUAUGAGCGGAAAAUAGGACCACAGAGGUUCAGCAAAGGACAACUUGCGGAGAUCUACAAGACCAGUCUGGCUGCCAUCAUCUGCCGCAAUUCGGAUAACAUCACGCGAGUGCGAGAGCGUGUCAUGGAGCGUCAACGAGUGGAUGACAAUCGCUAUGUUGACUGCCAGAAUUUGCCUGGCUACAAUUUGGAUCUCGAGGCCUGGUCAGAGUCCCAGCAGCCGCCAGAGCUGCACAGAACCAGCAUCAGUCGGGCGGAUAAAGCGGUGCGGGUCAUGUCAAAGGAGUCGAAGAAAGAGAUUAAUGCCACGCUGCAUGGCGGAAGCAUUUCAAAGGUUUGAGGUCUAUGGGCCACAGGUAUGAAAUUAAUAAAUAAAUGCCAAAUAAAUGUGAAAAUCUGCAGUUUCCGGGCAUGACUCUGUCGCUGGCUCUGCCUCUGCCUCUGCCCAGCAACAACAACAUGAUAAGCGCUUCAAUUCCUAUUUACUUGCAAGUUGCAACUAAUAAAUGUGUGU